ACAACAACAAUGUUAAUUUUUUUUAUUAUAACAUCUGCUGUCAAUGAUAUAAAUAAAAAAUAAUUUGCAUAAAUAAACGAGCCAAUACUAUAUCUGAACAUGUACGAAUUAUACGUAUGUCACUGAAGGCAAAUAGAUCUAAAAAUGCUCUUCCGUAUUUAUCACAGAACAUAUAAUUCUUACAAGGUGCCACGUCAACUGUAUAAAUAUAUAACAGCAUCAAUAUGGCAUCUCAGGUAUACGAAUUUGGUGUAGAAAUGACAUGCCAGGGAUGUGCUAAUGCAGUAACAAACGUACUUAACAAAAAAGAAGGUGUUAAUGAUAUACAAGUGGAUUUAGAUACAAAAAAGGUAUUUGUAACAUCAACCCUUUCUUCCGAUGAAAUCUUACAAACUAUUAAAAAAAGUGGAAAAGCAUGCCAGUUUUUAGGAGUAAAAAAAUAAAUAUAAUAUAAAUUUAA